AUGGAGCUGUGGAGCUGGCAAGACCCCUGCCUCCAGGAGGUGGUGUGGUUUGCGCUGCGCUGCAGAGCUGUGACCCUUCUGCUGCAGGCUCUCUUUAACCUCCUGAUCCCGGAUCACGCCGCGGAUGCCUUCUCUCCGCCGCGGCUGGCAGAGGCUGGCCCGUGGGACGCGGUGGUGGAGCGGCUGCUGGGGGGUCUGUCGCGCUGGGACGCGGAGCAUUUCCUCUUCAUCGCGGAGCGCGGGUACCUGUUCGAGCACAACUUCGCCUUCCUGCCGCUCUACCCCCUGAGCCUGCGCGCCGUGGCCGGGGGGCUGCUGUGGCCCCUGGGGCGCCUGCUGCGGGCUCGCAGCCUCCUGCUGCUGGCCGCGGCGCUGCUCAGCUCCCUCUGCUCCGUGCUGGCCGCCGCUGCGCUCUACGAGCUGGGCCGAGCCGUGCUGCGGCGCCGCAGGGAGGCAUUCCUGGCGGCGCUGCUCUUCUCGCUCAGCCCUGCCAGCGUGUUCCUGGCCGCUGCCUACUCGGAGAGCAUGUUUGCCUGCCUGGCCUUCGGUGCCAUGUGGCAGCUGGAGCGGGGGCACGGCUGGCACAGCGGAAUGCUCUUCUGCCUGGCCUCCGGGGUGCGAGCCAACGGGGUGCUGAACGCAGGCUUCUUCCUCUACUCCCGCGGGAAGAGCUUUGCCCUCCGGCUGCAGGCGGGGCCGAGACCCCUAAGGCAGCUCCCUCCGUUGUGGAAGCAGCUCCUCAGCCUGGCGUCCGCAGCGGUUCUGACGUGUGCUGGCAUUUUCCUGCCUUUUGCGCUGUUUCAGUUUUAUGCCUACCUGAGGUUCUGUGAGGCUGGUCCCGCCCCGGAGCCCAGCGUUCCCCAGCCGCUGGUGCAGCUGGCUCGGGACAGAGGCUAUCGCCUGGCAGCCACGGUGGGGGUGAAGCCUCCUUGGUGCUCCUAUCGCUUCCCCGUGGUCUAUUCCUACAUCCAAGACUCUUACUGGGACGUGGGCUUUCUGAGGUAUUUCAAGCUCAGGCAGAUACCCAACUUCUUGCUUGCUUUGCCUGUCACCCUGCUGGGCUCCUGGGCUGCCUGGACCUACGUCGCCGCAAACCCCUGGCACUGCCUGACUCUUGGUCUAGAGAGAAGAAAGAGUGAAGAGGAAAAACCCAGAGCUGGGUUUUGCUGCCCUGCUGUCUUCGUCUACAUGGUCCACGCCACAGUCCUGCUGCUGUUUGGGUUCCUCUGCAUGCACGUGCAGGUGCUGACUCGGUUCCUUGGCUCCUCCUCUCCCAUCCUGUACUGGUUCUGUGCUCACCUGCUUCAGGAACACGAACCCUUGCUCCAGAGCGAAGGGACAGAUGACCAAACUGUGGCACCUCGCUCUGAGAAGUCUCUUCUAGCUUCAUCUCCUGGUUCCUGUGGGAGAGGGAUGUCUGAAAACCCCUUGGUGAGGCUGCUGAUGAACUACAGGUUAAUGACCCCCCUGAGCAGAUGCCUCCUUGGAUUCUUCCUGUCCUACUGGCUACUGGGACUGAUCCUGCACUGCAACUUCUGGCCAUGGACGUAACAA